GUUCUACUUGUGUGUGACAGACUGUCACUGCGUUAUAUAUGCGGGCGCGGCAGCUUCAUUUCCUAGCAGAAUAUAAGCCAAAGCUUUCGCUUCGAGGUUUGUUAUGAACCUUCAAAUGAAGAGGAAGAGCACGAUAGCUGCGUGCCUCCGGUCGUCGGACCGUGAAGAUGAAGUGAAAGGAAUGAUCCUGCCGGUGCGAUCAUGAGAAGGUAGACGCGAGAGAUUCGCCAGUUUUGUUUAAAAGGAGCGCAACACGAGGAUCAAUCCCGGAUCGGAACGGCGACGGAACAUCACGGCCCACCAUGGCGAGCGCGACGGGGAACAUCGUGGUAAUCGAGCGCGACUCGCUCGACUAUAUGGAGAAGGAGCAGAUCCAGUUCGACGACAGCGAGUACUACAACAUGCGGGUCAACAAGCCACAAACGCUGCGGUUCGACCGAUCGAAAAUGGGGCGGUUGUUCGAGGAGAUUUUUUUCGCUGGGUUCCUGCCGAUGAUUGUGUACUUCUCCAGCCUCUUCUUUCUGAGCACCAGCCUGCUGCGCCGCAAUAUCCCGAACGCCGGAACCUGGAUCGCGCGGAUUCUGGCGGUCUUGGUGGCGGUGGCGCUCGUUCUGUGGCCCGCCGGGUCACUGAAGAAGUCGACGUGGGACAUACGGAAGACGAAGGUUAUGGAAUGGAAAGCAGUUACCUUCCUUUGGUACCAGCUGCUCUGCUUUCUCGUCGUCGGGAUUUUCAGUAUAGAUUUUUUGGAUGAAAGAAAGAAUUUGACUGCUGUGCGCGCCUGUCCAUUUCCAGUUUGUACUAUUGCACGCUGUGACCACAGACAGAUACAAAUUGAUUCCUCCGCAUUUCAGUUUGACACCGUGUUUACAGCGAAAGAACUUCAGGUAUCGUCUACGCGGAUACCAUGUACACCGAGUACGUGAUGCCGUACCAAAAUUACUUGGACAAGAAGUGGAUUGAGCAACCCAUUUCUCCACUUCUCCAGUCGGGGCAGAACUUUCAAGAUGCCGGCGUCGUGUCUUUCUCCGCAGACAGCUACAUAGAUCGGGCGCACAACGCCUGCUUUCGGUAUUUUUGUGAUGUUGUGUUGCUUGGCAGAGCUGUUUUGCUGUGACGCGGCUUUAACUAAAUAUUCCACUGUGUCGAACAAGUGCGUUCAAUUCAUUUCAAAAUGCAAAACUCAACUUCUACUAUCAGGGGCGCCGGCGUUUCGUAUUGUGUCGUGCCCAUCGUGCAGGACACUGCGGGCACAGGCGACCGGACCCGGCUCCCCAGCAGCCCGACCGGGAGCUACGAUUACUUCGCUGUGGGCACCGACUGCUGUAGUUGCCCGGGGACCGGCGAUUUCCAGUGUGGCGAUUGGGAUUUUUCGGAGAGCAUGGGUAUCAAAUGCAAAAAUGUCUGGGUCUGGAAGAUUGCGAGAUUUGUCAUGCUUGUCUGGGAUGACCAGAAAGUUUGUGAUGCGUGUCCAAGAAGAGAGCCUUUUGUCUGUCAUGCAAAAACGCAGUUUGUCAUGCGAAAAACGCAAUACAACGAACUGCAGACAUUUCUCAUGCUUGGGUGGGCAUUGCAGAGCACUCACUAUUCCCAACGCAGCAUUACAAGUUUCCAGACCCAGACUGACAUAUGUGCAUUUGAUAAUGGGCGGACUUCGGCAACUCGAAAUGGAGCAGCGAGCGUUUUACCAGCUGGCGGUCGAGCAGUGGGAAGCCGCGUGGAACAAAGACUCGAAGACGCCCUUGUUCUUCCACUGGAAGAACAAGCCCUACGUCCAAAUGAAGUACCUUCGCGACGACUUCAGCACGAGCAUCUUCAUGACCACGCUCACACUGCUGGCGGUUUUGCUGUUUGUAGCCUGCGCGCAGAACCAGAUCCGGAGCAUGAUCUACGAAAGCUAUGAGCAAGAGUGGCUGUCCGCGGCCGCGAAUGCAAGGGAAAAGAAAGAAGCAGAACACGGGGAAAGGUCCUAUGGCGCUGCUUGAUCACAACAAUGCUACUCUACAAGUGAAUUAGGAGCAGGACGAUGAUGUAGUAAAAAUGAACCCUCCUGGAUGAAUUGUGGGCCAUUUUUU